GCCGCUUGUUUCUCUGCUGCCCAUGCGGGUGAUCGACCGCUAAAGCUUUAACCGGGAAGCCUUGACUGCGGAACCAUCUCCGAGUUAAAACAUGAAAAUUUGGGGAAACUUUUUGUGAGCGUCUCUACUGAAACUUUUUUUUGGUACAACUCAUGCUGUGCACCUGCUCACUAUGUCAACGGCAUGACAAUGGAGAUCUCAGCUCCUCAUCUGCUGGUCAGACUCCCUCGUAAUGCUAGGUCCGAUGCCACAACCCAGUUUGGGAGCGUCUACGCUCUGCGGGAUGGCGUGAAGAGAAGAAGAAAAGAAAUCUGCGCGGCCAUUGAUGGCGACUCACUCAGUAUCUAUGAGGCGCAAAAUGGGAAUAUUCUCACAUCGUACCCUGUGCCUCCCACCUCCUCUUUCUCUGGACCGCCGUGCUCAAUUCGUUGGAGUGCAGACGGACAGCAACAGCGAAGAUCUUAUUGUGCGAUAAAACUUCAAAGCCUCCAGAUACAGUUGUUCGAGAGCCAGGAUACAACUAUAAAGACAAGCAAAAGUCCCGAACUUCGCGAUCAGAUCAGCCAAGUGCUGUCCGUCAAUGUACUCUCGGACAAUGCUGAGCAGAUCCUGGUCGUGCAGCAAAAUGGCAGCUUGAGCAUCUUUUCCCGCAACCUAGACAAGAUGGUGUUGUCAGGGUCAUUAUGUGUCGGAAAAGAGUCAGGUAUCCAAAUCCUUGCGGUUCACCAUCUGAGUAUGGCAGAGGCACGGAAAACCGUCCUGAAACAACGGUCGGACUUACUCGGCGACGCAUAUCCCCACACAUCUUAUCUCGCACUUGCCUAUCACAAGGACAGCACAGACAAAUCGAGUAUCUUCUACGGGUUAUGGCCCGUUGAGGCAUUUGAGGAGAAAGCCUGGGCCAGUACCAGAACGAUAUCGCCUCUGUUUGAGCAUGAGCUCGCCAUGGAAGGCAAACCAGCCAGCUUGGCCAAUGCGAAAGACAAGCGGUACAUCUUUGGAAACCUCGCUUCUCAUCUUUAUGUCAGAAGUGGGGAGGCAUUUCUGACCUACGAGCUCACAGGCCUUGUACCCUUUCUGGCCUCUGUCCUUCAUACAGGUCUCUCUGGGACGUACGAGAUGAUGCCCAUCUCUCCCGCAUUCGCCAUUUGCUCGGAUCAAGAGUCAUUGCGGCUCUACGAUUUGAAGUUUCAAUCGAUCCGAGUGCAACUUGACACCAAGAAGGCAAACCUCAAACGAAAACGGAUAAGAACAGCCGUAGAGAACCAAGGAGGCCCUGUCGAAUUCAUUGCAUACUUGACACAGUCAGGACGCAUCAUCGGGCAACGCCAUAACCAGCUGGUGGCAAUCGAUAUUUCGCCGGACGCUGAAUCCAAGAAGGUGCUCGAGCACGGCAGCAAGCUCCUACAAAGCAUUGGCCGAGGCGUCAGCACCCAGGACGGGACGCGUGCCAUCGCGAAGCAUGUGCAAACACUGAACAUUGGGACGUUCAACGAUGGUGCGAGAACGGACGCCGAGUGGCAGGCUCUGCGUAAGCGACUUGAUCAACUGGCAGAAGCAAGCGAUGUGGCUGGCUUUGAGGAUGCUUUCACAGGCCACGUACGCUCACAAUCGCUGCAUUCGCCUUUCCCCAGUCAAACCAUCGAUGACUUACCAACCAGUCGAUUCUCGAUUCCCGAUAUCAGAGUCAACUAUCUCAUCUCGAAGGUCUUCAAGUUGGACUUCGGUCAGACCACACCGAAUAUCGACAUCCCUGGCGCGAGAAUAUUAAAAGUGCAGCUGCCAACGUUCCGCUUGAUAGUCUGGCUAUCGCGUUUGGGCUUGCUCUGCCACACUGCUAUAAAGCGAGCCUUGUCAGCAGCUAAUGCUGGCUCUGCGGGGUCAAUCACGAUUCAUUCGAUUGCGCAUGCGUUGGUUGAUGCUGACCCUAGCCGCAACCUGCUUGUCGAGUGUCUUGAAAAUGGCUUCAGUCCCUCGGUGGAGGAGCAAGCAGCCGUGGUUCAAGUGCUGUUACAACAAGCACUGGCGACGGUAGCGGAAGCGGCUCAAAGCCCUGUGGCCGCUGAAGCCGGUUCCGAAGAUGAUGCAAAACAGAACAUGCAGUUGCAAACGUUGUCAGUGUCAAAUUCUGAGUCAACGUGGCUACCAGCAGAAUUGCAACGAGCAUUGGUCAAGGCGUUGGACAGAUUGGGCGCUUCCGCAACAUCCGUCAUAUCAAAGAAUCUCCGAACCCUGUUGGACCAGCGAGAGGUUCUGGCCCUCAUUCAAUUUCUACGGCAACAGCUCUUCCAAGGCGGUCAUACCAGGUCUUUGCAGAGUCUACCACCUGCCGAUGCUGAAAGUGGGAGCUCAACCGCCAAACUUGACGGUGUUGUCAAGAUCUUGUCCAGCUGUGUCGAUGCUAUUGGGCCCCUUGGAUUUGUCGCGGCCUCGGAAAACGAGGACUUCUUUGGUAACAUCGUACCAGACCUAGCAACAGAAAUCACGCAUGCGACACAGAGCUUGGAAGAUGCCACAGAGUUGCAAGGCUUUCUCCGUGAAACUUUGAGGUACGAAGAAUCUGUACGGAAACAUCAGAGUGCCGGAGGACAGAUGCCCAUUGCAGGACCGGAAGCUACUUUGGACCAACAGCCCGGAACGAUCGUUACACUCUACUCAGAGGCAAGUGAAGGUGGUGACUCAUUGCAGGUCCAAGGAGGGCUUCCGCUUGCCCUGCGUGUUGACAAUGUCGUGAACCCCUUGAAGGUCAGGAAAGGGGGCGGCCAGGUAUCCAAGCGUAGUGUUUCCCAGAUCAAAAUGUUGGAGAGCAGGAACAAAGGUCAAUAUCAGUAUGAGCGGUUGGUCCUGUAGAAGCACCUCAUCGAUGUAUGGGGGCUUUCUUGAGACAGUCAGCUACUUUUUGAAUCUAAGUCAUCUUUCCGCAACACCCUGUUCCAUGCAUGAUCUCCGUCAGGAAUUUCACUAGGUAUUCAACAUCUCCAUUAAAACUGUGUUAGCACCUCAUGAUUACACAAGCGAGAUGUUCACCAUCAAAAGAGGCGCAGCCAGCGGACUUCUCGAAAGGAUAGCCUGGAGUGGCCUUGUUAGUUCCCGCUAGAUCGGCGACCAUACCUAACGCAGAUCCA